AUGGACAAGAAGCGGAUUCUCGUAAUACUAGACGAUGUUUGGAGAAAAAUAAAGCUUGAUGAUAUUGGUAUUCCUUUUGGAGAAAACCAUAGAGGUUGUAAAAUUGUAAUCACCUCUCGAAGCAUAAACGUCUGUGAUCAAAUGAAUUGUCAAAAGAAAUUUAUAGUUGAAACUUUGUCAAAACAAGACUCUUGGGCCUUAUUCAAGGAGCUGGCUGGCGCAGUUGUUGAAACUACUGAUAUAAAUCCAAUUGCAAGAGAUGUAGCUGCUAAAUGUGGCGGUUUGCCGAUUGCGAUUGUCACAGUAGCAGGGGCCUUAAAGGGGAAGAACAAGCAUGUGUGGAGCAAUGCGGCACGACAACUUCAAAAGUCCAACCCAACAAGCAUCCAAGGAAUGGAGGGAAUCGUGUUUUCAUCUUUGGAACUGAGCUUCAAUCAUCUAGAAAAUGUGGAAUCAAAAUCACUUUUCUUAUUUUGUAGCUUAUUUCCAGAGGACUACAGCAUUUCAGUUGAAGAUUUGGUUAGAUAUUGGAUAGGCUUGAGGUGGUUUGGAGAUACCGAUGAGGCAACAGAAGAAGCUAGAGACAGAGUACAUGCAAUUGUAAUUACCAUCACCUCUUAUUUUCUUUUAAUUGAUGAUGGUGAAAAGUUCGUUAAAAUGCAUGAUGUUGUCCGUGAUUUUGCAAUAACUAUAGCCCCUAAAUACAACCAUAAAUUUAUGGUAAAAGCUGGAAUUGGUCUAAAAGAGUGGCCAAACAUAGAUACAUUUGAAGAUUUCACAUGUAUCUCAUUGAUGGUAAAUUAUUUUAGGGAGCUACCUAGUGGGUUGGAAUGUCCAAAAUUGCAGGCUUUGUUACUGCAGAAUAAUAAUUUUCAGUUAGUUGUCCCUAGUAAUUUCUUUCAGGGUAUGAAAAAUCUUAGUGUUUUAGAUUUGAGUAACAAUGAACUGUUGUCAUUGCCUGAAUCACUUUCAUUUCUCUCAACUAUUAGAACACUAAAUCUUACAGGUUGCACAUUGGGGGACCUAUCAGUGAUUGGAAGUCUAAGUAAACUAGAGAUUCUUAGCCUUUGCGAUACUAAUACUAAAGAGAUCCCUGUAUCCUUUAACCAAUUAAGUAAUCUUAAGUUGUUAAAUUUGAAUUAUUGUAAACAGUUAACACUAAUACCUCAUGGUGUUAUACACUCUCUUACAAAGUUAGAGGAGUUGUACAUUGAUAGAUUUAGGCAAUGGGAAUAUGAAAGUGAGAAUUUGAAAAGCAAUGCCAAUCUUGUUGAGUUAGAAGCCUUGUCCCGAUUCACUCAUUUAGAUGUUUCUAUUUCAAACCUUGACUUCUCACCAAAAUUGUCGGGGGAUGUGAUUGUUCUUUCUCAGGAAUUGAAAUUAGAGUCUAAACAAGAAUUACUCUCCACCGCACGCGCCGCUGCUCUAUCACCUCUUCCACGCGACGCUACCACCACCAGUACCGUCAGAGUCGCCCUACUUCAAGCACCCGCCGAUGGGUUCUCGUUUCUUCCACUCCGGCUCAAUAGACGACGGAUCCCGGCGGAGAUCGUUAACAUUUGUGACGGAGUGAUUGGCUGUGGUGAAGAGUCGAUUCUUCCUGUUCAAACAUCCUUACCAUAA